AUGGAUUACUUUCUUGGCAAAGGGAGAGAGGAAGAUGGUAACCUUCAGGCAGCUAGAGAUACUCUUUGGUUCAGUUAUGGAGAAGGAAACCUAUGGAAUAUCAAGGAGAUGAACUCCAAAGAGUAUUGGGCUACAAUCGCUGAAGAGGGAUACUCUUCAAGGUCAAAAGCUGCCCAAAUCAGGAGCCCAGUGCUGAGAUAUGUCCACAAAGUUUUUGCCAACACCUUCUUUGCAAGGAAGGCCACUGGUACAAUCAAUGAGGGAGAAGUCAAGCUCCUUGACAUGGGAAUUAAGCCCAUCAUCUCACGCACAAGGGAUGGGAAGAAGAUCAGAGGAGAUAGGGCACACGCAGGAAACUUCAUGCCUCUCCUUGAGCAGCUGCUCUCCUACAAGGUCACGGCCUACAACACUCGGUUUCAAACGGGAAGGAAACUUAGUGUUGGAGGAGUCAUCACGCCAAUCCUAUGUGCAGCUGGAGUCCAACUGCACAAGAGGGUGUCAACUCCAGCUGGAUGGAUGGACAUCAAGUUUUGCAAGACAAACCUCCUCAUAGAACACAAGGAGUUGGAUGGGAGACCCCCUGUGUACACGCUAGUUGGGCAUGAGGAUGAGUUGCGAGAAGAGGAGCCUGAACUCGAUCGAGCUGAGGAUCGAGCUGAGGUUCAAGCUGAGGAUCGAGCCCAGGAGAAUGCGGAUUUGGGUGAGCCUGAUGUUACUAUUUUGAGGAGUAUGAGGCUCCAAGGAUGA